AUGCCUGCUACCGCCAUCAUCGGCUCCACCGGGCUUGUCGGCUCCCACAUCCUCUCCACCAUCCUGGCCAGCGAGUCCUUCACGCCCGUGAGCACCAUCACGCGCCGCGCGCCCAAGACGACCUCCCCCGCGCUCAACGCCGUCGUCAGCACAGACACGACGCAGUGGGCGGGCCUCCUGUCGGGCCUCUCGCCGGCGCCCGCGGCCGUCUUCUCCGCGCUGGGCACGACGCGCGCGGCGGCGGGCAGCCUCGCGGCGCAGUGGGCGAUUGACCACGACCUCAACGUGGAGCUGGCGCGGGCGGCCAAGGCGGCAGGCGCGCAGACGUUUGUGUUUGUGUCGAGCGGCGGCACCCGCGGGCUGCUGUCGAGCGGGGUGCCGUACAGCCGGAUGAAGAACGGCGUCGAGGACGCCGUCCGGGAGCUCGGCUUCGCGCACGCCAUCGUCCUCAAGCCCGGCGUCAUCCUCGGCGAGCGCGAGCAGCGCCGCACCGCCGAGAGCUGGUUCCAGAGCCUGACGCACGGCCUCGGCCGCGUCAGCACCGCCGCAAAGGACUUCUUGGGCCAGGACGCAGAGGUUAUUGCCAGGGCCGCCGUCAGGGCUGCCGAGUUGGCUGCGCAGGGCAAGGCCCCGAGCGAGUACUGGGUCGUCGAGGCGAGUGAGAUCCUGAGGCUCGGCAGGACAGAGUGGAAGGAGGCGGAGAAGCCGGCGGCGUAA